AUGCUGUGGUCGGUCGCUAUGCCCUCUCGGGGUUUAUUAAAGUGUUUGCCUUUAAGGCAAUUUUCAAUUUCGACUAUAAACGAUCAUGUGCCUCUAAUAAAGUUCAGAGCUCAUCAAUCUAUUGAAAAUGGUAUGUGCUUAAAUUUUCCCUCUUUAUUUGCGAUGUGUGCUGAUCCUGUAUCAUUUUCACUUGAGAAUAAUCCGACUGAACCUUCUUUGCAUCCGAAUUUCUUUCGGAAACCUAUUUCUGAAGAAGAAUUGAACAAUUUUCAGGUUUGCUUCCAUUCUAAUUUAAUUAACGUUUUUCAGGGGGGAGGCUUGAGCAAUUAA